AUGUUCUUUAUUACCAUGCUGCUUGGAGAACUUUCCUCAGGUGAUCAUGAAAAAAUCAUGGCCAUUUGCACCAAAGACAUUCACGGCAGAGAUGUAUCAGCAACCCUUCGAGCCCAGAAGGUCUUCAGUUCCAGAGCUUUUGCUUGGCUGUCACAGGUAUGCCAUAGACGGGGUGAUGUCCAGAAACGCUGUCUUGCCAACAUCACUGAUGCUUGGUUUCGGUACUUUUAUGAGUACUUGGGAAAUACCCCUUGGCAAGUUAUUACACCUUUGACUGGCAGACGUUAUAUUACUCCAACCCAGGCUCUCCACCUAGCAGUGAGUGGUGCUCCUGCAGGACCAGCUGGCACAGAUAAGACAGAGACCAUGGAAGACCAUGCCCUUGGUAUGGUGGUGAAAAUUAUCAACUCUUCAGAACACAUGGAUGAUGAGUCUGUAGAGAAUAUCUAUAAAGGUUUGGUCCAGACAGGAGCUUGAGGGUGCUUUGAGGAAUUCAGUCAUCUCUUGGUAGAAGUCUAGUUAGUAGUGGCAGUACAAUUAAAGAGUAUCCACGAUAAAAUUAGGAAGAAAAAGGAAGGUGUAUUUCUUGGUGAAACCAUUACACUUGAAUCCAGAGUUGGAAUAUUUAUUACUAUGAUCUCUGGAUGUGCAAUCAAGAAUAUUUGAGCCAUAGUACAAGCAGACAUAUGUCUUCACCGGAUUCAAAACUUCCCACCAACUGAUAUGAAGUUCCACUACGUUCUUAAUAUGAGAGACCUCUCCAGCGGCUUUCAGGGCAUUUUGUUUGCUACACCCAAGUGUUUGCAGCAACCAAAUGAUAUUCGUUAUCUCUAUCAUGAGUUAGCACACGUCUAUGGGGAUAAACUAGUGGAAAGCAAAGACUGUAAUUUCUGUUAUAAAAUGGUGAUGGACGUUAUGGACAAGUAUUUUGAGGUGUGCUGGUGGCUGGAGAGUACUUUUCCUAUUGCCAGCAAGUUAAAACCUGAGUGGUGACAGGUCUUAUUUAUUGGAACUCUACGUAGCAGUAGGGAGCUACUCGAGGAGUUCCUAGAGGGCUACAAUGACAUGCCUGCUUCUGUGAACCCAGUCUUGUCUGAGGGUGCCGUGCAGUGGGUAGAAGAUCUAAAAUCCGAAUUUGCUACUCAAGAGGCAGAACUGCAACUGAAAAAUCAAGAUACUGAAGCUUUGGUUGCUAAGACAGGGUUUCAGACUGAGAAACUGAGCCAAGAAAAGGCCAUUGCAGCUGCAGAGGAGCUAAAGAAAAUUAACUCUACCCCAGAAGAAACCAACAUCAUGUCACAUAAAGGGAAAGGGCCCAAGGACGGAAGCUGUAAAGCCAUGAAAAUCUUUAUAGGAAAGGUUGAUGACUCUUUGCAAGAUUUGAUAGACUAUGAUAAGGAGCAUAUUUUUCAGAAUUGUCUGAAGGUCAUCAAGGAACAUUACUUGUAGGAUCCAGAUUUCAACCCAGAUUAUGUUCAUACAAAAUCAUUUGCAGCAGCUGGUCUCUGUGCCUGGGCCAUCAAUAUAGUAAAAUUCAGUGAGAUGUAUUGUGAGAGAGAACCAAAAUGUUGUGUGCUGACUUGGGCUAACACUGAUUUAGCAGCAGCUACAGGAAAACUAGAAACCAUCAGGAAAAAUCUUCUUAGUGAACUGGACAGGCUCUACUCCCAACUCACAUCUUCACUUGAGAAAGCAGUUGAAGAAACAGUCCUAUAUCAAGAUGAUGUAAACAGAAUAAACAAAAUUACUGGCCUAGCCAACAGGUUGGCUCCUUUUCCUAUGAUGGAGGCCCUGGGCCCAAUUGCCACAUUGACAGAUGAUGCUACGGCUCUGGCGUGGAGUAACGAGGGUGAUAGGAUGUCAACAGAAAAUGCCACUGUUCUAACAAACUGUGAGUGCUGACCUCUGAUGAUAGAUCCCCAGGAACAGGGAAUUAAAUGGAUGAAGAAUAAAUAUGGAGCUGACCUUAAAGUCAUACGUCUAGGACAGAAAGGAGACUUUCUGAAGACCAUUGAAAGAGCUUUAGCUUUUGAUGAGACUGUACUAAUUGCAAACAUUGUGACUAUCGAUCCCAUACUUGAUCCUCUGCUUGGAAGACAUACAGUUAAAAAAGGAAGGUACGUCAAGAUUGAAGACAAAAAAUGUGAAUUCAACAUGAAUUUUCAUCUCAUCCUUCACACUAAACUGGCUAACCCUCACUACAAGCCAGAACUGCAGGCUCAGACCACCUUCAUUAAUUUCACUGUCACCGGGGUCAGGCUGGAAGACCAGCUGUUUGCUGAGGUUGUUUAUGCUGAAAGGCAAGACUCAAAAAACGGCAAACUGGUCCUCACCAAGAAGCAGAAGGGUUUCAUGACAGAGAUCAGGCAGCUGGAGGAUGACGGGCUGCUCAGCCUGUCAGCUGCCCAGGGCAGUCUCCUAGACAACAGUGAACUUGUAAAGAAAAUCAAAUCAGCAAAGUCAACUGCAGCAAAAAUUCAACACAAGGUAGCUGAAGCCAAAGAAGAUGAAGCUCAGGACAGCACGACAACAAGAGAGCAUUACAGACUGACAGCCAGAAGAGAAUCCGUUCCUUACUCUGGGAGUGUCAGCCUGAGCAGUGUCAACACCAUCUACCACUUUUCACUGGAGAAUUUUGACUCCGUGCCAACUCCUUACUGCAGUAAAUGUCCUAUACAGGGUUUGCAGUUUGUCAUAUCUAGAUGUUUAACAGUAAGCAGACAACGGCAAUACAAACCAAAUGGAUGUUUUGUCAUGCAUGGGAACUUUGUGAAGAAAAAUCUUGGCUCAAGGUUUGCGAAAAGGCCAAGGAUGGAUUUAGCAAAAUGCUAAGAAGAGAGCAUUCCAGCCACUCCUGUGUUUUUCAUCCUGUCUUCAUGACUAGACCCACUUGAAACUUAUGAGAUUGCAGGCAAAAAGCUUGGGUUCACUUCAGACUCUGGAAGAUUUCAUAAAAUCUCUCUAGGACAAAAGCAGGAGAUGGUUGCAAAGGAGGCACUGAAGAAAGCUGCCCCAUAUGGCCAUUGGGCUGUUUUUCAACGGAAUAUUCAUCUAAGUGAGUGGUUCAGAACCUUGGGCAAACUCCUUGAGCAAUGUCAUUCUGAUUUCUGUGUCUUUAUCAGUGCUAAGCCAGCUCCAACCAUAGAAGAGCAAAUCAUUCCCCAAGGAAUACUAGGAAAUUCAAUUAAAAUUACUGGUGAACAUCCUACAAGGAUGCUGGCUAAUUUCCAUGCUGCUCUCUAUGGUUUUGACUGA